AUGCCGUCCACCCAAAUGCGCAUCCGAAAUGUGAACCGCACUCAGACUCACCGGAGGCAGGUUUACUCUGACAGGAAUGCAGCCACCUUGUCGCGGUUACAGCGACAAGCUGAAGUUGGUCGCCAGCGUGAACAAGCAGCUCAGCCUCCUGACAUUGGAAACAUCUUGGAUCGGACAGACGACAACUAUCCAUUCAAUGCCCAGCAGGAAUCAGCCAAUUGGAACCAAGCUGAAGACAAAUCUGAAUGGGGCAAUUUUUCCAAAGACGAACCGGAUGAAAUAGAUUUGGCGAUGGCUUCUUACAAAGAACAAUACCGUCAGAAAGCACAAGAAUACAACUGGAACAUACUACUUGGUCAGCUCCAUGCCGAGUAUAUGAAGCUGAAGAACCCCCACGACCCAGAGGGCCGUAAGUUCACUGUCCAAUUCUUCAAGCAACAGUGGGCUGCCCAGCGUAGCUUCCAAGGAGACCAUAAUGAGGAAGAGCUAACGCGCCGAGCAAAACUGGUAUCGUUGUACAAGCAAGAAGAAACUUUGGAGCUUAUGAGGGCUCGUCUUCAAAGCCCAGAAAUCUUCCUCGAAAGUCCAGAUCAUGUCCGUCAGCUCAUGGACUCGAUUGUCGAAUGUUCAGAAACACUGAGAAUAGAACGCGAAGAAAUCGCUGGGAGUAGCGCAGUGGAGACUGGCGAAACUCAGGCUCCUUCUGAGCGACAACCACUGAUCAACUCGAUGGGAUCUCGAAUCGGAACUCGUGGAAAAGAAAAAAUUAUCAAGGCAAUGAAGGCCCGACAGCCAGCUGUGAAGAAAGUCAUUGAUGCGUUUAACCAACUCUACACAAAAUACAAGGCUAAGUACCCCAAUCAGCAAUUAUCCGAUGCCGAAGAUCACCCCCUUACGUACCAGGCGUUCUCUAAAUGGCCCAUGGAUCACAGGUUCUGGAAUGAUGGUUUAUACUACCAUUCCAGUGCGCCUUGGUCUAUAGACCCGGAUGUUUGGACAGGCAUUAACUGCGUUCUAAUCCUUCAACGAACACGGGAAGAAUUUGAACUGAUCGCACAAGAAUUGGCUCGAGCUAAGGGAUGGGCGGUUGCCCACCAUACCAAGAUUAAAAGUACAAUCGAUUACAUCAAUACUCGUGUUGAUCAGCUUCAAAACAAUCAAAAUCUUGAUACUGAUUACAUCGACGACAUCAUGCUAGGCGAUUUAACUCGCAAGGCCAAAAUGAAGGUGAUCUGCAGCGAGCUACAACUCCGACUCAAAGAACACGAGGAAUUGAUCUGCGAUUGGUCAGACGAUCUAGUUUGGCUAUGGUCGCGCUGCCAACCUAUAAAUAACCAACACUCAAUUUCCGAAUGGCACACUUUGAUUCAACAAAUUGAGCAACUUGAAUCCCAGACCGUUCCAGCGCCUGAUAUUGAUGAAAUCCUUGAGGAUGCAGUUCUAGAUGUAAAUGUUGAUGAUGGAGAAGAUGUUGAAGACAACCUAAUAUCAGAUGCUGAGUCGUAG